GAAGGCUGCAAUGCGACUCAAACGCCAUGCUGUUCACAAUACUAUGUUGAUCACAAAAUAAAGUCUUGUAUGGAAGCAGUAUAAUACCCAGAAAUUUGUGUUUAAAUAAAAAAAACCAAAUUCUCUUAAAUAGCGCAAUAUAUAUAUAUAUAUACAUAUUUUAUUUAUUUAAAUAUAUAUAUAUAUAUAUAUAAAAUCAUUACUCCGAUUGGCGUUUGUUGCUAGGCAGAUUAUGUUAAUGCGCGGCCAUCUCUGCAGCUACCAUUCCGAGACUUUUCCCAUUUUAGUGUAUGACCUGGCUGCUCGUUGGUGGCUGAGUGAGUGGGUGCAGUACAGGAUUUGAGGCUGUCCUCAAAAUAUGGCCAUGGAGGACCAGGAAUCAUCCUCUGUGUGGAAUCAGAACCCCAGCAAUGACGCCAACAAUCCAGCUCAGGUGCAUUUUGAGGGUGGAACGGUGGCUCAAAUUGUGUACAGUGGAGAACAGCCAGACAGAGGACAGCAGCAGGUUGUGUACGCCGCGGAUGGAAGUUCCUACACCUCAGUGGAGACUGCUGAACACACAUUGGUGUACAUACACCCUGCUGAUGGAGCACAGGCUGUGUUUACGGACCAGCCCCAAGUGGCAUACAUUCAGCAGGAUGGUACAACUCAACAGGUCACAGUGUUAUUGCCAGGUGGCCAGAACAUGAAUGCUGCAAAUCUACAUGUGCUUAGUAAUGUAGCAGAUGCCCCUCAAGCUAUACUAGAGCCUGUGUCACAGAAUCAGCUGCCCAGUAGUACUCUCCCUACCAUCACAGAGCCAUCAGUCAGUCCCUUGGCAGCUACAGACUCUACUGUGGACUCUGAGGAUGAAGAAGAUGAUGAUGAAGAUAAUAGAGAUGAUUCAGAACUGGACGAUUGGGAACCCAGGCCACCUCAACCCUUCACACCUCAGCAUCUCUGGUGUGAGGAAUGUAAUAAUGCCAACCCAGGCGUGUGCUUGAAGCAUGGUCCUCUCUACCCAAUUGUUAACAGACCUGUGAUGUCCAAAGCGCGUGCUAGCCUUCCUCUCAUUCUCUACAUUGACCACUUCCAGGGAGGCGUCUUCUCCAAGAGGCGCAUUCCCAAACGUACUCAGUUUGGACCCGUGGAGGGGCCACUGGUACCACAGAGCGAACUGCAGGACACCCACUUUCAGCUUAAGUUAUGCAUGUUGGACCCUCAAAAAGACAGUGAGAGUUCGGAGGACUUGUGGGUAAACCUGUCUGAUGAAGAUCGCUGUAACUGGAUGAUGUUUGUCCGUCCUGCUGAAAACCACCUGGAGCAGAACCUGGUGGCCUAUCAGUAUGGCUCAGACAUCUUCUACACUACUAUCAGAAACAUUCCACCAAAACAGGAGCUUAAGGUCUGGUAUGCUGCAUCAUAUGCAGAGUUUGUGAAUAAAAAAAUUCACGAAAUCACAGAAGAAGAGAGGAAGGUACUACGAGAGCAGGAGAAGAACUGGCCAUGUUAUGAGUGUAACAGGCGUUUCAUGAGCUCAGAGCAGCUCCAACAACAUCUUAACAUGCAUGAUGACAAACUGGACCUCAUACAAAGGCCAAAAGCACGUAGGCGAGGAAGGGGCAGGAAAAGGUUCAGUACUGGAAGACGCCCAGGCAGACGACCUAAAUUUAUCCGUCUGGAAACUCCAGCAGAGGGUGCAGAUAAAAGCCAGGACUUUCUGGCAUUUUCAAAACUCCCUUAUGAGGAACAGGCAGGAAGGGUUAUGAACGGGUUGAAGGUGGAUGAGUUGGGAGAAGAUACUGUGGAAACUGCUACAAGUGGCACAUUAGAGACCCGAGCAGGACAGACUGACACUCUAAAUGACGCAAAUGCUACUGAAUCCCAAAUCCCAGCUUCUAAUGAUUCACAGACUGAUAAGGAGGACCAAAAUGCAUCAGUUUCUACUGAUCCUCAUCUCACUCCCCAGGACAUGAGGCGUGCUCGGAGGAUUCGGAAUGCUGCCCUUCAGCACCUCUUCAUUAGGAAGUCCUUCCGACCCUUCAAGUGCACACUUUGUGGAAAAGCCUUCCGGGAGAAGGAUAAACUAGAACAACACAUGCGCUACCACAGCCGGGAAGGCUGCCGAUACACCUGCCACCAAUGCAGCAAAGGCUUUUUGAGCAGUACGGUACUGGAGGAACACCUUCAAAUGCACUUGGAGCAGCGCAACUACUCCUGCCUGUUUUGUGCCGAGUCCUAUGAUAGACUGGAGCUGCUCAAAGAGCAUGUCAGUGUUCAUUUGGUCAAUGGCUGCUACUCUUGUCCAUCCUGCAAGAAGACAUUCACAGAUUUCAUACAGGUAAAGAAGCAUGUGAGGAGCUUCCACUCAGAAAAGAUAUUCCAGUGUAUGGAAUGUGAUAAAGCCUUCUGUCGUCCGGACAAGCUCCGGCUGCACAUGCUGCGCCACUCUGAUCGCAAAGACUUCCUGUGUUCAACCUGUGGCAAGCAGUUCAAGAGGAAGGAUAAAUUGCGGGAGCACAUGCAGCGCAUGCACAACCCAGAGCGCGAGGCCAAGAAAGCUGAUCGCAUCCACCGCACAAAGUCUCUGAAGCAAAAGGAGCCCACCACUGACUUUGAGAGCUUUAUGUUUAAAUGCCGGCUCUGCAUGAUGGGCUUCAGACGGAGAGGAAUGCUGGUGAAUCAUCUGUCAAAGCGCCACCCUGAAAUGCGAAUAGAUGAGGUCCCUGAGCUGACGCUUCCCAUCAUCAAGCCCAACAGAGAUUACUUUUGUCAGUAUUGUGAUAAGGUUUAUAAGAGUGCAAGUAAGCGCAAAGCUCACAUCCUAAAGAAUCACCCUGGUGAAGAAUUACCACCCAGCAUCCGGAAGCUGCGCCCAGCCAGGCCGGGUGAGCCAGACCCCAUGCUGAGCACCCACACUCAGCUAACUGGCACCAUUGCCACAGCCCCUGUCUGUUGCCCACACUGUGCAAAGCAGUAUAGCAGUAAGACAAAGAUGGUGCAGCACAUCCGUAAAAAGCAUCCAGAAUAUGCACAGCUAGCCAACAGCAUCCAGGCUCCUUUAGCUACAACCGUCAUUAACAGCACUCCAGCUGUCAUCGCAACCGACGGUACUACAACUGAGGCUGUGGUGACAACAGACCUUUUGACACAGGCAAUGACUGAGCUGUCUCAGACUCUGACUACAGACUACCGUACAGUGCAGGGAGACUUCCAGAGGAUCCAGUAUAUACCCGUGACUCAGGCUGGUGGGGGUUUGGCCCAGCCGCAGCACAUCCAAUUGCAGGUGGUGCAGGUUGCUCCGCAAUCAACUUCCCAGUCCCAGCACUCAACAGUGGAUAUGACCCAGCUGCAGGAUCCUCAUAGCUUUACUCAGCACUCCAUUCAGGUGCAACACAUCCAAGUUUCUGAAGCUGUGGGGACUGUGCAGGCCAGUGCACAGGUGACUGGCCAACCUUUAAGCCCUUCCUCUCAACAAGCAGCCCAGGAGUUAAAUUCAGGUCGCCUACAAACAUCGACCAGUCAAACACAAGGGACAGUGCAGCAUGCUUACUUGCCUAGCAACUGGAACUAUCGGAGUUACCCCUCUGAGAUACAGAUGAUGGCUCUGCCUCAUGCUCAGUAUGUGCUGGCAGAUGCUGGCACACCUGUCACUGCAGCAGCUAACAGCAGCCAAGUCAAAACGACUCACUAUGUGAUCUCUGAGGGGCAGACUGAGCUGGAUAAUAAACAAGAUAAUGCCCCAUCCACCACCAGCGAGGUAAACACUGACCCUUUGGAGCAGCCAUCUGCCAGUCAACAGGCUACCACCCAAUACAUAAUUAAAACCACAACUAAUGGAUCUGGUGCGAGUGAGGUGCAAAUUACAAAACCUUAAGACCGUGUCCGAUUGCCUUGAAUGGUCUGUCAUGAUUUUAACUCAAUGUUAAUUCUUAAUUUUAUUUAAAUGAAUCUUUUUUUUUUUUUUUAUGUUGAGAUAUUACUAGUUUACAUGUGAGAUUUCUUUGAGUCAUUGGGCAGAUUUUAUUUUUUGUUCAUUACAAAAUAUGUAAUUUCCUAAAUAUGACAUUUUAAAGUCUUGCUGUUGAUCUAGAUUAGCAGUCACAGAUUAAGCUGAGUUUGACACUGAAUGUAUAAAAUGUAUAGAACAAUUAAAUCUCUUGAAUUUAUUUCUACAUCCCUUAAUACAGGUUCCUAUUUGUUUCCCGUUAUUCAUGUACGUUUUAAAUUGUCGACUUGUGUUUUUUGGUUUGUAAAGUACCAUGUAUCAUGCAUAUAUCCUAAAGCUGCUCACACUGUGUAACUAACAGCUUAUCCUGGUUCAUGGAUGUUUAGUAUUUAUUUGGAAUAUGCAUUUCUGCUUACAUUGAGCUGAAUAUGUGUAACCUAAAAAAAACGCGAAUAAAAAGAAAAAAGGAAAUACAAAGGAUAAAACAAAGCGACAAUUUAUAGGGGGAGCCUUGUUCAAUGUAAAGAAGAGUAGCCAUAUUAUUCAUAUUAGUAAAGUUUAUAAUGUGUGUAAGCACCUUGUCUCCAGAUGACUAUGUAGUCAGCUCUAGUGGGGUUUUUUUUGUUUGUUUGUUUGGGUUUUUUUUUUUUUUUUUUUUUUUUUUGGUUGUUUUAUUUGGAGAGUAAUUCUGUUGACAGAAACUUGUGUAAGUCAGUAAAACUCUUCUGUGUCUUUGUUGUGGAAAAUGUAAAGGAAGUUUCAAAAGGUAUUAUCUAUGAUAGUACAGUACUAUUAUUUUGAAUAAUAAACAAAUGAAGAGUUUGUGUGGGAUACAAACUUACAGCCA